AAAAUUGAUCAACUUACCAAUAUUUCUCAAUUAUAUUACAGCGAUCAAGUAUAUUUGUGGAUCGAUCUCAAAUACAAUUUCAAUUUCAAUUUCGUAAGUUUGUUUGGAAAUAAUGUCUGACGGCGAGGAAAAGAAGCACCACCACAUCUUCCACCGUCACAAGGAGGAAGAGAAGCCAAAGAGCCCCGAAGAGGAGUUGAAGCAUCACAAGGUCCUUAGCCACAUUAGCAAGGCUACCGCUGUUGCUGCUGGUGCAUAUGCCUUGCACGAGAAGCAUCAGUCGAAGAAGGACCCAGAGAAUGCAAGCCGGCACAAGAAAGGAGAGGCAAUCGCGGCCACGGUUGCAGUGGGAGCUGGUGGACUUGCAUUCCAUGAGCAUCACAAGAAGAAGGAAGCUAAAGAAAGACUCAAAGAGGAGAGUAGCCAUCAUUAAACUAUAAUUAACCCGUAUAUAUCAUAUGUGCAUGCAUGUUUCAUUUGAGUUCUAAUAAUAAUUAAGUCCGUAAUUUCACUUUGUUAUCUCACUUACAUUUGUUUUUUAUGUUAAGGAUUCAUCAAUAUUUAUAUUCUUAUCGUUGUAUUUGUACCGAAGAAAUAUUUUUAAUACAAAUGUUCGACUUAUUUCAAUCCUAA